AUGGCGCAAGCAGGCCCUAUGACCGAUGUGACCCAACGACUAUUCGUGGAGUUGAAGUCCAAGAACGACGAGACCCGUGCCCGAGCUGCCUACGAGCUCUACGACAAUGUCCUAUCAGUCUCACGAGACUGGCCCGCCGAGAAAUUCGUCGAGUUUUACAACGCUGUUAGCCAGCGGAUCGCCCAGUUGGUGGUGACCGGUAGUGAUGCAAAUGAAAGAAUCGGCGGACUAUUAGCGCUCGAUCAUCUGAUCGAUUUCGAUGGCGUCGACGCCGCCCAAAAAACCACGCGUUUCGCAAGCUACUUACGAAGCGCACUUCGAAGCAACGACAAUGCGGUGCUGGUUUACGCUGCCCGAUCGCUCGGCCGCCUUGCGAAGCCCGGCGGAGCACUCACUGCGGAGCUUGUGGAAAGUGAAAUUCAGUCAGCUCUGGAAUGGCUACAAUCUGAACGUCAAGAAAGCAGGCGUUUUGCGGCUGUGCUGGUGAUCAGGGAGCUUGCAAAGGGCUCCCCCACGCUACUUUACGGCUUCGUACCACAGAUCUUUGAGCUCGUUUGGGUGGCACUUCGGGACCCCAAAGUCCUCAUCCGAGAAACUGCUGCGGAAGCCGUUGGUGAAUGUUUCGAUAUCAUCGUGGCUCGAGAUGCCCAGGUCCGUCAGUCGUGGUUCCAACGUAUUCACGAGGAGGCACAGAUGGGACUUAAGUCCAACAACAUCGAUUGGAUUCACGGCUCCCUAUUGAUUCUCAAGGAACUGAUCCUGAAGGGUACUAUGUUUAUGAAUGAACACUACCGCGGCGCGUGCGAGAUCGUGCUACGCCUCAAAGACCAUCGUGAUCCUAAGAUUCGCACUCAAGUCGUCCUCACCAUUCCCAUCCUCGCAUCCUACGCCCCUACCGACUUUAUUGAGAUCUACUUGCACCGGUUCAUGAUCUAUCUCCAGGCACAGCUUAAGAGAAAGGAAGAAAGGAACUCUGCUUUCGUCGCUAUUGGAAAGAUCGCAAAUGCAGUGGGGCCAGCCAUCGCACAAUACCUCGACGGCAUCAUCGUCUACAUCCGUGAGGGGCUGGCAGUGAAAGCCAGGAACCGCGCGGGUGUCAACGAGGCACCUAUGUUUGAGUGUAUCAGUAUGCUUUCGCUGGCGGUGGGACAAGCCCUCAGCAAAUACAUGGAGGCUCUUCUUGACCCUAUUUUUGCCUGCGGUCUUAGCAAAUCUUUAACACAAGCUUUGGUUGACAUGGCUCACUACAUCCCUCCCAUCAAAUCGACAAUCCAAGAGAAGCUUCUCGAUAUGCUGAGUAUCAUUCUUUGUGGAACACCAUUCCGGCCUCUUGGUUGUCCCGAAAACCGUCUCCCUCCCAUGCCAUCAUUUGCCAAAGAUUUUGCACCCCAAGAGCUUCAUUCCGAUGCCGAAAUUGCGUUGGCUCUCCAUACACUGGGAAGUUUCGAUUUCUCUGGGCACAUCCUGAAUGAGUUUGUUCGCGAUGUGGCGAUUAAUUAUGUGGAGAAUGACAACCCAGAGAUCCGGAAGGCAUCGGCUCUUACAUGCUGUCAGCUCUUCGUCCACGAUCCGAUCAUCAACCAGACUAGUGGACACUCGAUACAAGUUGUCAGUGAAGUUAUCGACAAAUUGUUAACUGUUGGUAUUGGUGACCCUGAUCCGGAGAUCCGCCGCACUGUUCUUUGGUCAUUGGAUCGCAAAUUUGAUCGGCAUCUGGCGCGACCAGAGAACAUCCGAUGCUUGUUCCUCGCUGUCAACGAUGAAGUGUUCGAAGUCAAAGAGGCUGCCAUCUGCAUCAUUGGCCGUCUCUCUAGCGUCAACCCCGCUUAUGUCUUCCCGCCGUUGCGGAAGCUAUUGGUCAAUCUUUUGACAGGACUCGGAUUUGCGAAUACUGCCCGCCAAAAAGAAGAAACCGCGCAGCUCAUCAGCUUGUUUGUUUCGAAUGCAACAAAGCUGAUCAGAUCCUAUGUGGAUCCCAUGGUCACAGCCCUACUGCCGAAAGCGACAGAUACGAACCCAGGUGUAGCUGCUGUCACUCUGAAGGCCGUGGGGGAGCUUGCUAAUGUCGGCGGAGGGGAGAUGAGGCGUUACCUCUCCCAUAUCAUGCCCAUCAUCCUUGAUUCGCUGCAAGAUCUUUCGUCUCACUCAAAACGUGAAGCUGCCUUGAAGACUUUGGGACAAUUGGCUAGCAACUCUGGCUAUGUCAUCGAGCCAUAUCUCGAAUAUCCUCAUCUCCUUGAUGUCUUGAUCAACAUCAUCAAAACCGAGCAAACAGGAUCUCUACGGAAGGAGACCAUUAAGCUUGUUGGUGUUCUUGGUGCUCUGGACCCCUACAAAUACCAGCAGAUCAGUGAUACCGAGCCCGAUGUGCACCACAUCAACGAGAUUCAGAAUGUCUCGGAUGUUGCCUUGAUUAUGCAGGGUUUAACCCCGUCAAAUGAAGAGUAUUACCCUACGGUGGUCAUUCACACUCUGUUGCAAAAUAUCUUGAAGGAGAACUCCCUGGUUCAGUACCACUCCGCUGUGAUUGAUGCCAUCGUGACUAUAUUUAAAACCUUGGGCUUGAAGUGUGUGCCAUUCCUAGGGCAGAUUGUUCCGGCAUUCAUCUCUGUGAUCAGGAGCUCUCCUGCAAGUCGCCUUGAGUCUUAUUUCAACCAGAUGGCUAUUCUGGUCAAUAUUGUGCGACAACACAUCCGUGCGUUCUUGCCAGAAAUUAUUGACGUAAUUCGCGAGUUUUGGGAUGCUACAUACCAAGUGCAAGGAACGAUUUUGUCCCUGGUUGAGGCCAUUGCUAGGUCAUUGGAAGGAGAAUUUAGGAAGUACCUUGCCCGUCUGAUUCCCCUGAUGCUUGACACCCUCGAGAAGGACACCACACCGCGUCGUCAGCCUUCUGAGAAGAUUCUCCACGCUUUCUUGAUAUUUGGAUCGAGCGGCGAGGAAUACAUGCAUCUGAUCAUUCCAUCCAUUGUGCGUCUUUUUGAUCGUCAGCAACACCCGCAAAGCAUCCGCAAGUCAGCCAUCGACAGUUUGACGAAAUUGUCGCGACAGGUCAAUGUCUCAGAUUUUGCAUCGCUUAUGGUCCAUGCUCUGUCUCGAGUUGUGGUCAGCGGUGACCGCGUAUUGCGUCAGGCUGCUCUUGAUUGCAUCUGCGCUCUGAUCUUCCAGCUAGGCCAAGACUUUACUCAUUACAUUCAUUUGUUGAACAAAGUUCUUAAGCAGCACCAGAUCACACACACCAACUAUCAGAUCUUGGUGACGAAGCUCCAAAAGGGAGAUCCGCUCCCGCAAGAUCUGAACCCGGAAGAAAACUACGCCUUCCCCGCCGAUGAUACAAGCUUUGCAGAAAUUGGUCAAAAGAAGAUUGUUGUGAACCAGCAACAUCUCAAGAAUGCGUGGGAUGCUUCGCAGAAGUCCACGCGGGAAGAUUGGCAGGAGUGGAUUCGUCGAUUCAGUGUUGAGCUUCUGAAAGAGUCUCCAUCACCGGCAUUGCGGGCCUGUGCCAGUUUGGCCGGAAUAUACCAGCCUUUAGCCCGUGAUCUUUUCAACGCUGCCUUUGUGUCGUGCUGGACCGAACUCUAUGACCAGUAUCAGGAGGAGUUGGUCCGUUCUAUCGAGAAAGCACUCACUUCACCAAAUAUCUCUCCUGAGAUCCUGCAAAUCCUGCUCAAUCUUGCCGAGUUCAUGGAACAUGAUGACAAAGCUCUGCCGAUUGAUAUUCGCACCCUUGGCAAGUAUGCAGCCAAAUGUCAUGCCUUUGCCAAGGCCCUUCACUACAAGGAGCUCGAGUUUGAACAGGACCAAAAUUCGGGUGCGGUAGAAGCCCUUAUCACUAUCAACAAUCAGCUCCAGCAAUCCGAUGCCGCCAUCGGUAUUCUCCGCAAGGCACAGGCUUACCGUGACGUGGAGCUGAAAGAGACUUGGUUUGAAAAGCUCCAGCGAUGGGACGAGGCUCUUGCCGCUUACAAGAGACGCGAGAGGACCGAUCCGGAUUCUUUCGGCAUCACAAUGGGUAAGAUGCGUUGUUUGCACGCCCUUGGUGAGUGGAAAGUUCUUUCGGAUCUUGCACAAGAAAAGUGGAAUCAAGCGUCACUGGAGCACCGCAGGGCUAUUGCUCCUCUUGCUGCUGCUGCAGCCUGGGGUCGCGGCCAGUGGGAACUUAUGGACUCUUAUCUUGGUGUCAUGAAAGAGCAGUCUCCAGACCGUUCCUUCUUUGGCGCUAUUCUCGCCAUUCACCGCAACCAGUUCGAAGAGGCCAACAUGUACAUUGAAAAGGCACGUAAUGGGCUCGAUACCGAGCUGUCGGCUCUUCUCGGAGAGUCUUACAACCGGGCCUACAACGUUGUCGUUCGUGUCCAGAUGCUUGCAGAGCUUGAAGAAAUCAUCACCUACAAACAGAACGUUGGUGAUGCUGAGAAGCAAGAGGCGAUGCGCGUAACAUGGAACCAACGAUUGCUUGGAUGCCAGCAGAAUGUGGAAGUGUGGCAGCGUAUGCUAAAGGUCCGGGCACUCGUGACUCCUCCCCGUGAGAAUCUUGAGAUGUCCAUCAAAUUCGCCAACCUUUGCCGCAAAUCCAACCGCAUGGGUCUUGCCGAGCGGUCUCUUGCGUCACUGGAGACUAUCAUCACCGACCUCAACGGUACACACACGAUUUCUCACCCGGAGGUCACCUACGCCCGAUUGAAGUUCAGCUGGGCGAACGGACACCAACUUGAGGCUCUUGAAAUGCUAAAGGAUUUCACCUCUGGUUUGACUGACGAUCUCUCUAAGUUCAACACCCUCAUGGUGUCGCACAACGAACAUCACGGAAUGAAUGGUGUAAAUGGAGUCUCUGAUCCCAGUCACCCUGAUUCCAUUAGUCUGCGUGAACGUAUAGGAGAUGUCACGAAAUUCCGAAAGCUUCUGUCCAAGAGUUACCUCCGACAGGCUGAAUGGCAGACGUCUCUCCAGAGAGGUGACUGGAGACCUGAGUAUGUCCGCGAGAUUCUCAGCGCAUAUUCUGCGGCCACCCAGUAUAACCGCGACUCAUACAAAGCGUGGCACGCCUGGGCUCUUGCAAACUUUGAGGUUGUCACAACGAUCUCCAACCAGGCAAGUCGUGAUGGCAAGCCUGCGCCAGUGCCGCCCCAUAUCGUGACAGAGCACGUCAUUCCUGCCAUUCGUGGCUUCCUGCGGUCUAUCGCCUUGUCCUCUACAUCCUCAUUGCAAGACACUUUGAGAUUGUUGACCUUAUGGUUCGCCCACGGUGGCGAUCACGAAGUGAACAACGUCGUCACCGAGGGAUUUACCACUGUUAACGUCGACACAUGGCUUACUGUAACUCCUCAGCUUAUUGCACGAAUUAACCAGCCCAACAUCAGGGUUCGUGGUUCCGUUCACAGGCUACUUGCUGAGGUUGGCAAGACACACCCGCAGGCCCUAGUGUACCCACUGACCGUAGCCAUGAAAUCUAAUGUUGCUCGGCGGUCUCAAUCUGCCACGAACAUCAUGGAAAGCAUGAGGCAGCACAGUGCUAAGCUUGUGGAACAGGCGGAUCUCGUCAGUCACGAACUUAUCCGUGUUGCUGUCCUGUGGCACGAGCUUUGGCAUGAAGGCUUGGAGGAAGCCUCUCGCCUGUACUUCGGUGACCACAACGUGGAGGGAAUGUUUGCCACUCUUGCUCCUCUUCACGACAUGCUUGACAAAGGAGCCGAAACACUCCGUGAAGUAUCUUUCGCACAAGCGUUUGGUCGUGAUCUCGCUGAAGCGAAGCACUACUGCAUGCUUUAUCGUCAGACAGAGGAGAUCGGCGAUCUCAACCAAGCUUGGGAUCUCUAUUACACGGUGUUCCGUAAGAUUAACCGUCAACUUCCGCAGCUGUCCAUUCUCGAUCUCAAAUAUGUGUCGCCUCGCCUCAAGGAAUGCAAUGGUCUUGACUUGGCAGUACCGGGGACCUAUCAAAGCGGUCGUCCUGUCAUUCGCAUUAUCAGCUUCGAUCCGAUUUUGCAUGUCCUGCAAACCAAGAAGAGACCGCGUCGUAUGUGCUUGAAGGGUGAUUCAGGUCAUAAUUAUCAGUACGCUCUUAAAGGUCACGAAGACAUCCGUCAAGAUGAGCGAGUUAUGCAACUUUUCGGGCUGUGCAACACGCUUCUGGACAAUGACAGCGAGAGUUUCAAGCGCCACCUCUCUGUCCAGCGCUUCCCUGCAAUUCCACUUUCCCAAAGCUCCGGUCUGCUUGGUUGGGUCUGUAACUCCGACACCCUUCAUGCGCUGAUCAAGGAGUACCGUGAAAGCCGACGGAUUCUGCUCAACAUUGAGCACCGGAUCAUGUUGCAGAUGGCACCCGACUACGACAGCCUCACUCUCAUGCAGAAAGUUGAGGUCUUCGGAUAUGCCAUGGACAAUACCACGGGCAAAGAUCUGUACCGGGUUCUAUGGCUCAAGAGUAAGAGCUCCGAGGCCUGGCUUGAGCGACGCACUAACUACACACGAUCACUCGGUGUCAUGUCCAUGGUUGGUUACAUUCUUGGUCUGGGCGAUCGUCACCCUUCCAACUUGUUGCUCGAUCGUACAACGGGUCGUGUUGUGCACAUCGAUUUCGGUGAUUGUUUCGAGGUGGCUAUGCACCGCGAGAAGUACCCCGAACGUGUGCCCUUCCGUCUCACGCGCAUGUUGACCUUCGCAAUGGAGGUCAGCAACAUCGAAGGAAGCUACCGGAUUACUUGCGAGGCUGUCAUGCGUGUCCUGCGGGAGAAUAACGAUUCUCUCAUGGCGGUAUUGGAGGCCUUCAUUCAUGACCCUUUGAUCAACUGGCGUCUCGGUGCACAGGAAUCCCCAGACCGAGUAUCACUUACAGCCGAGCGUCGCCAGUCCAUCAUCGAAGGCAUCAAUUUCGAGCAUGGCGUACAGCCGAGCAACUUCUCUCGUCGCCGACCUUCCAUUCUCGAAGGUGGCAUCCUCGACACCCAAGAAGGUGUCCCUGCCGAAGCCCGCGAAGCACAGAACGCUCGUGCGCUCCAGGUUCUCGCCCGGGUCAAGGAGAAGCUGACGGGACGAGACUUCAAGCACUACGAGGAGCUCAAUGCGAGCGACCAAGUCGACAAGCUCCUUGCCCAGGCCACGAAUGUGGAGAACAUCUGCCAGCACUGGAUCGGUUGGUGCAGUUUCUGGUAA